CGAACGGUACCACUCGAGAAAAAAGGACACCCAGCACCAGCCCUUCCCUUAUCUCCCGCACCCACGCACCCCACCGUCGCCGCCUCCUUCCACGGAGCCGGCGGCAUCCCUGCCUGCGCGCCCCCCUCCUUCCCCAGUGCCGGCGACCUCCAUGCCCCGCGCGCCGCCCCUCCCAGCGCGCCGCCCCCUCCUUCCCCCGCGUCGGCGACCUCCAUGCCCCGCGCGCCGCCCCCUCCUUCCCCCGCGCCGGCGGCAUCCCUGCCCUAUGCGCCGCCCCCCUCCUUCCCCCGUGCCGGCGACUUCCCUGCCCCGCGCCGCCCCUUCCCCCUUAUCUCGCGUCGAGCGCCUCUCCGCACUGCGCGUCACCCUCCUCCUUCCCCCGUGCUGUCCACCUCCCUCCACCGCACGCCGCCACCCUCCUUCCCCGCGCCAACCGCCUCUCUCCACCGCGCGCCGACCACUUCCCUUCCCCGCGCACCGCACUCCUCCUUCCCCAACGCCCGCCACCUACCUCCAUCGUGCACUCCCGACUUCCUCGUUCAUCCUGCUGUCAUAUCUCGGGCGCUGCCCUCCGGCAACCGGUGAUGCUCCUCCCGCCACCACUCGGCCUCCUUCCCGAUGUAGCUACGCCGCCGCCGCGUGCAAGAAGUCCAUCGCCUCCACCACCAUGGAUUGCGAUUGAGCGGCAAACAAUGGAACCUGUAGAAGGAGCCUCGGGGUUGAGGACCUCCAGUUCGUCAGUCCAACAAAAGUACAAGUUUGGAAGGCCAGGAAGUUCUACAGCUCGCAUACACCGAGUUCAGAGAUGUUGCACGGAGGUCAACGACGGUCAACGACACUCCUCAACUCUAUUCCCGUUCGUCACCCAGCUCAACAGUCCACCUCGGUGCUCCACCACUGGUCCCUUGAAGAGCUGGCUGCAAGCCGUCCAUUGCUCCGCCCCUAGAUGCUGCCAUGUGGUGGUUGGCCGUCUCACUCCAAUGCACCUCCCUAUUUUUGUGCACUGGUCUCUCUCAAGACUGGAAGUUAUCCCUGAUGUACUCAACACAAGUUCAACAUCAUCAUCUAAAAAGGAAGCAAAAAAGAAAAUCUAUUUACUCAGGGAUGCAGACAAAUUUCCGGAGCACAAUAGACUCAUCGGCGCAUCAGCGACCAUUCAUUCAACAACAGUUCAAUUACAAAAAGAACAUCAGUUCAAGAAAAUAUAUGCAAGAGGAGGUUCAAAGAUGGUCAUGUAGCAAGUUAAGAGUUUUGUUUCAUCAGAAAAUGUGUUCUUUUGGUCAGGAUUUUGCAUGAUUGAUAGCCAUAAGUGGCAGCCGGCGAGCAGUUCAAGCUGUUUGUUUGAUAGCCAUAAGGGAUGCUCAUCAUUUUCCACAUCCAUCUCGACUGAAUUAUGUUAGCCUUUUUCAGUUCAUCUUUGAAAUUUUGGUCCAUUUCUUUUUGCAGGAUGCGUCGAAAAAUAAAAUAAAAGGCAACAGCUCAAAAAUAGAUGAAUAUUGGAAGUCUGCUGCUAUCUUGAGGUGAUGGAGCUCCCUUUCAGUUCAUCUUGCAGGUGUUUUGGGCAGUACAAAAUACAUCACCAUAGUUAGUACAGCAAGGAUGGCUUGGUAGUCGCUGGGAUUCCCUGCAGUGGCCAAAUCCCGGCGCCGCUCGUGAUCUCUGCCUCCAUCAGCUCCACCUCGCCGUAGCAAUCAGUCCAGAGGAGGAGGUGUAGCUAGUCCACCUGGUCCACCCGAUUUUUCUUUCAACAUUUUCUUUGUGAUGCAUGCUCGCUGAUGGAUCAACAACUAUUUAUUGAUAUGGAGAUGUGCUCCUGCUUUUUUUGAAAAACAAGAUGCCUUUGCAUACUUCAAAGUUGCUGCUUGCUCCCA